AUGAGCCUUUGGUUAAUAGUUGUGAUUACAGUACAGCUUUUUGAAUGUGCGAGGUCCUCUCGAAGAUCUGUACUACUCGAGGACGAAAUCAAUUCCCCUCGUUCACCUAACAGUUGUGAAGUUAUACUAUCUCAUCAUUUCCUUUGGAAUGGAAACACAGCGGCUCCAGAAUAUUCUCAGUGUUGUGUUUCGAAUACGUCGCAGUUGGGGGUGCCACCUGUGAGUGAGCCAAAGGACGCUUUCGAGCCGAUCUCAAUUGAAAUCUUUGAUGACCAAAACGUUAGCUCUGAGAAAGACCAUAAAACUCAGAGAAGUUUACCAAAAACCAAUUCAAGCUUUUCAGCACUUAGUACACGAUCUAGUGCCGCUUCUUCAGUUGUGAUUUCGAGUGUAGCGGCUUUGAGCUCCAUAAUACACGAGGAUAAAAGUGCGGACGAGGAAGAUGGAAAACGUGACAUCAGAAGCACACCCUUCAUGUCAUUCGACGAGUGGAAAAGGAUUAAAUUGGGAAAUGAAGCGUCAGCAGAAGGUAAUGUUGGACAGCGAGCUAAAAAAAACAUAGAUUACGCUUUGUACAAAGCUGACGUGAUGGGAGAUGAAAUGGAAAUUGAUGUUGGACUUUUCACUACACAAGAUACUGACAUAGGAGAGGAAGAACCUGAAGGAAAAUUAUACAUGGAUAGAUUCAAUUAUGCUUCUCUCGACUGCGCAGCGACAGUUGUGAAAAGCAAUUCCGAGGCUUCAGGCGCCAACGCCAUUUUGCACGAAAAUAAAGACAAAUACCUGUUGAAUCCUUGCGAUGCCUCCAAUCAAUUUGUUAUUGUCGAGCUUUGUCAAGAUAUUCUAGUUGAGGAGGUUGCUCUAGCGAAUUAUGAAUUCUUUUCCUCCACUUUCCGUGAAAUCAGAUUUUCCGUUUCAGAUCGGUUCCCGCCGCGCAGUGGGUGGAAAACCAUUGGAGAAUUUGAGGGCCAAAACGUACGAAAUCUUCAAAAGUUUGCUAUAGCAAAUCCAAUGAUCUGGGCUAGAUAUCUGAGAAUUGAACUUCUAUCACACUAUGGAAGUGAGUUUUAUUGCCCGAUAUCCAUUUUGAGAGUACACGGGAAAAGUAUGAUGGAUGAGUUCAAAGCUGAUGAGCUGGAUACUGCACAACGAGAUUCAAAGAAACAGGCCUCCGCUAAUGUGGCGUCAAACGAGAAGGAAAACUCGUUAUGUCACGACACUACUGGCGGGUCUAUUUAUGGGGUCGAUGAGUGCGGCGUUUUACUCGUCGAUACUGAAACUGACAUCAACGUAACAGAAAACCACUCUUAUCAGGGAGGUAAGUGCCCUGCAGUUCUUCCUCACUUGCGGUUUGAACAAUUCCUCAAGGGCCUCAACCAAAGCUUCUGUGACACCAUUAAAACUAGCAAAUCACCUGAUAUCUCUAGUUCACAACCUUCACCCUCGACAGAAGACUCUAUUUUCCGAAACAUAAUGAAAAGACUUUCGGCCCUCGAGGCCAAUGCAACGCUUUCUAUUCUUUACAUCGAGGAACAAAGCAAGCUCUUGGCAAAGACCUUUCAAACUCUCGAAGAAUCUCAAGAAAAGAAGCUCGACAUGCUACUUGAGGUUUUCAAUCAAACUAUUGCUGCAAACAUUGACACUAUUAAUGUUUUCACAAGGCAGUUUAGGGAUUCUUCCUUGCAAACACUUGAAGAACAAAAGCUUGAAACAGACCGAUUCACCAGCGAAACCUCUUUCAGACUUGAGGCUGUCACGAAAGACGCAAUUUAUCAGAGGCGUCUGACUUAUACCAGCUUGUUCGCUUUUUCUGCUUUACUUCUCUAUGUGUUGUUGACUAGAGAAGCAUACAUUGAUGAAUACAUGGAAGAUGAUGGUUGGUACCUUAGAACGCCCACUUUACAGAAAGCCAAAAAUAAUAUUAUGAAAAAAACAAGUAAUGAGGGAAGAUUUAACAACUCAUUGGUUUUCGAGGCUGUUUCCAAUGCGAGUGAUGAGGACGAUAAUUCGUUCUCCUCAUCUCCGACCUCACUAUACGACAAAUUGGGUCCAUCUGAAUCAGAAAGCUUCAGUUCAUUGUAUGAAGUGAAAAGAGCACGAAGCGCAGCUCAAGACGAAUCUAACGAAGAAAAGCGACCCGAAAAAGGCGAUUUUGAUUAA